AGACUAGGUGGAGUAAAACUGAGCCUGUAGGGUGAACAGCGCAAGGCUGAGGAAACAUGCAUGAAAGCAGACUGCAGAUGGGCGAGAUAAACAGGAUCCCCAGGCUGUGACUGAGUAGGCAGGCCUCUUUAAUGGCUCUUAGCAACGCCCCUGCUUUGACCCUCCUCAUAUGUGAGGAAAAUCAAAUCAAUACACUGUUCUUCAAACCACGAUGCUGCAGCAGCAGCAGGGCAUUGUGGCAGCCUUCGUCUCUUAAAUUCAUCAACGCUUUUCAGUUUGCUGAUCUCUGGAUAUCCAUCCCUGCAUCUCUGCUGAGGAAGACCCUGACUGCAUCUUUAAUCAGAUUGCUUGAGCUCCCAUGUACAACCUUCUUCUUAUUAGCAAGUAUUAGAGAUGGCUAACAGAGGACCAAGCUAUGGCUUAAGCCGAGAAGUUCAGGAAAAGAUUGAACAGAAAUAUGACCCGGAAUUAGAGUCUAGGCUGGUGAACUGGAUUAUUGUGCAGUGUGGAGAACAGAUAGAGCACCCUCCUCCUGGAAGGCAACAUUUUCAGACCUGGUUGAUGGAUGGAACGCUGCUGUGCAAGUUAAUAAACAGUUUACAUCCAAAGGGAAAUGAGCCCAUUGCAAAGAUCUCUGAAUCAAAAAUGGCUUUCAAGCAGAUGGAACAAAUUUCUCAGUUCUUAAAAGCUGCUGAAAUCUACGGAGUAAGAACAACAGAUAUUUUCCAGACAGUGGAUUUAUGGGAAGGUAAAAAUAAUAAUCUGGAAGUCAGCUUGCAGUCUUCGUUUUACUUUGCUUUGAUGUGCUAUGAUGGUGCAUUUUGUCUAAGGCAUAUUCUCUAAUGUAAUUAUCUUUUGUUUCUGUUUGCCUUACCUCAUUACCAUCUUCUUCCGGUGGUGCAUUAUCUCCUCUGAGGGAUUUAUAUUGCCCUGAGGGCAUAAUGGAACCUUUCCAAGCUCAUGUGUUAUACAAAAGCUCAUCAUUCUGA